AUGCUGGUGUUCGUCCACAGACACUUAACUCUACUCUACGUCACUAAGUCCAACGUCCUCCAGACGGAUCCAACUCUGUUGGAACAGUCCGACUCCUCGGCUCCUGCUCUGGGCAGAAGCAGAGACACUGUCCCAUGGAAACAUGCAGGGCAGACCUCCUGCAGACCUCCUGCAGACCUCCUGCAGACCUCCUGCAGACCUCCUGCAGACCUCCUGCAGACCUCCUGCAGACCUCCUGCAGACCUCCUGCUUUAA